CUUCCUCAGGAUUCAGGACCACUGUGUACUGGCUAUAGAAAAUCAACUCAUUCAACAUGCUUUUAAUACUCUCUGUCUGAUUAGUUACCUAACAAAACAAUAUCAAUGGAAUGCUCAACAGCAAUUGUAUCUUCACAGCUCUCCUUAUUCCCUUCAACACUUCAAAGAGAAAACAGAAAUCAUCUAUUCAAGUCAUCGAAACAGAGAACUUGUCAAUCUACUCGUUUCCACUGUCACAAGAUGUAUGUCCCUGGAUUUGGGACAUCACCAGAAUCCACAGCAGCCCAACAUUUACACCACUUUUUCAAUUUUAUUGCUGUUAAAAUUGUUGCUGCACAGCUUCAGAGCUACAAUCCUGAAGCAUACCAGGAGCUGAGGGAAUUUGUGGAUAAGAAUUCAUUGAGUGAUGGGGAUAAGUUCUGCGCGGAUUUGAUGAGGGAAUCCCCGAGACAUAAAGAUCUAGCUAUGCGCAUUUUAGAGGUUCGAUCAGCAUACUGUAAGGACGACUUUGAGUGGGAUAACUUGAAGCGCCUAGCAUCAAAGAUGGUGGAUGAUUCUAAUAAAAAGCUUAUGACGGAUUAUAUCGUGGAUACUAGCUGCAUUGCAGAUGGAAAGCAGAUAUGCAACUAAUCAAACUCCUUAAAAUUUUAAUCCACUGUGUAUUUAGGAAAACUACAGAAUAUACAUGUGUUUUCACUUAAUUUUGAUAUAUCUGUAUAUAUGCUGUUAUUCCAUUUAGCUGCAAAAUUCAGCCAAAUCUGAGCAAAUAUUGUGUAAUCUGAGCUAUGUGUCCAACUA